UAGGCCUGGGAAGUCACAGCUGACCGUGAACAGUGACAAGUCAGACGCUGGAAUCGGACACAGACGAGCAGAUGUCACCGGCAGACACAGCCAGUUGUCACUCAUGGGGCUGAAGAGAUGUCUGUGCAAUAGAAACGCUUACCGUAGGAGGCUGGUGGGCCGUGAUCCCCAGCGUGAGCGUGCUCAAGCUAUGUGGUACUGCAGUUCGUGCUGCUGACUCCUGGCUCCGAAGACAGACAAAGCCUCCGGAAUAAGUAGCUGGGCCACUGACACUGGCUUCUAGUUCACAUGUACAGCUCUUGAUCCAUCAGGGUUGCUGACACACAUGGGGUUCUGUGAGUACUCUGUAGUCACUGUGGCCUUUGCCAGUCGUAACCGAGCAGUGCUAGUUUUCCGGGCCCAGGCCUCACCACACAGGCUCUCCCAGGUGAUGUGAGGCAGGCCUCUGCCUUCUGCUGCCAUCCCCACAUCAGUAACUCCUGGCUCUGCAGCCUCUAGUCCAGACUGUCCCUACAACUUUGACAUCUCCACGGUGUCUCAGCAUAGCCAAAACUAAUGAAUGAUCUCCCCCAAACCCCCAUCAUUAGAAAAAAGCCCCAAACCCAUCUGGCCCUUCUCCAGUGUUCUCAGAUAAGUAACUAGUGAUCGCAUCUAUCCUGCCAGUUGAUUAUGCCUUAGACCUAGGGCACUGAGUCCUGCUGGCCUCUGGAGUCUGCAGCCAUCCACUUUGCUCCCUCAUGUCCACCCUUCAUGUCAUCGAGCCAGCCCAUAAUUUUUUUAUUCAUCCUACAGUCAGAGGUCUUUCACAAACACACCUGAAAUGAGAAUCGUCCACUUUCUUCAGUAGCCUCUCAGGACACUUAGUACCAAGAGCCAAAUCCUUCCUUGGCCUGCAAGGCCCUGUUCUGACCGGCCCUGCAGAGCUUUCCCAAAAUGUACCGCUCUGCCUCCUGGCCCAGGAGACAGAAAUACCAUAUUGGUACAAAGAUGUUGCUCACAGCAUUAGUAUGAUAACAGAAACAGACAACCUACAUGUCUAUCACCAGGAGGCUGUUUGAGCUUGGGAUGUUAUGCAGUGCAUUAGAGUGGAAUGGAACACAAAGUUAUGGAGAAAUGCUCCUGCUGUGUUAAAAAGUUAAGGCCAGCACUUUGGGAGGCUGAGGCAGGAGGAUUGCUUGAGCCCAGUGGGACCCUGUCUACAAGAAAAAAAAAAAAAAACCUAGACACGGUGGUUCACGCCUGUAGUCCCAGCUACUCGGGAGGCUGAGGCAGGAGGGUCACUUGAGCGCUGGAGGUUAAGGCUGCAGUGAGUUAUGAUUAUGCCACUUGCAAUCUAGCCUACGCAACAAAGGAGACCCUUUCACUAAAAGAAAAAGUCUGUGGUGUGUUCAUUCAGUGAAUACUAUACAAUAUUGAUAUUGAAAAUGAACUAGCUACACACAUUGACCUAGUUGAAUCUUACAAUGUUAAGGGAAAGAAUUCAUCAGUAGGGUUCUGUUUCCAUGUUCAAAACCAGGCAAAAACCCUAAGCUGUGACCUAAGGAUGCAUACAAAGGUUUGGUUCCGCUAAACGCAAAGGAAGUGAUAGACACCUUUUGGUCCCUUAGACCAAAGUCUAAGGGAAAGAGGGACCCUGGGGUCCCUGUGCCACCCUGGCUUUAUUCUUCUAAGCCUCCUCCCGAGGCAAGGAGAGGACCAUGCAGGAAGCAGCCUUCCCAGGGACCUCCCUCUUCUGACACUCCCAGGAAGGAGGACCAGGAGAUGGGAGCCCCCAAGUCUGUUCCACUCCUCCAUCCCACCGCAUCCCUGCCAGGAUUGAGAGAAAGGCACUCUUCUGUUUCUUGACCUGGUAGUAGUUACACAGGUAACCACUUUAUAAUUGCACACAGAUGUGUCCGACAUAUUUCUUUGUUUAUAGGUCACAAUAAGAGAGAGACUGAGAGAGCACUUGAACCAAGAAAUGUGUGGCGAAGAACAGCCUGUGGCCCACAAUGGCCCAGGCUCUAGUUCUGAUGCUCAUACUUAGUGGCUGGGUGACCCUCCUGGCACAGUUCUGUGAAAUGCAGAGAAGGGAGAUGUGAAGAUGUGAAAAGGUAGAGUAAGAAAGCAUGGAGCUCAGGCCAGAUAGAAUGGCUCACUCCUGUAAUCCCAGCUCUUUGGCAGGCUGAGGCAGGUGUAUCACCUGAGGUCAGGAGUUUGAGACCAGCCUGACUAAUAUGGUGAAAUUCCAUCUGUACAAAAAAAAAAAUAUACCUGGGUGUGUUGGUAUGUGCCUGUAGUCCCAGCUAUUCAGGAGGCUGAGACAAGAAUCACUUCAGCCUGGGAGGCAGAGGUUGCAGUGAGCCAAGAUUGUGCCAGCUUGGGUGACAGAGUGAGACUCCAUCUCAAAAAAAAAAAAAAGGCCUGUAAUCCUAGCACUUUGGGAGGCUGAAGCAGGUGGAUCACCUGAGGUUAGGAGUUCAAGACCAGCCUGGCCAACAUGGUGAAACCCCAUCUCUACUAAAAAUACAAAAAUUAGCUGGGCAUGGUGACGGGCACCUGUAAUCCCAGCUACUCGGGAGGCUGAGGCAGGAGAAUCGCUUCAAUCUGGGAGCCAAGAUCAGGCCAUUGCACUUCAGCCUGGGCAACAAAAGCAAAACUCCGUCUCAAAAAAAAAAAAAAGCAUGGCGUUCGGAAGGCCCUAGUGUCCCUGCCAAGAGGAUGCUGCCCCAAGGAAUCCACCUGCCUGGGGCAGAACUGACCAUGGCUCUGCCUUUGGACUUGGGCAGGAUUUCCAUUGCUUCGAGCAGAAGCACGUCAUCCCUCCGCUGUGCACUUCGUUCCCCAGCACUGAGUCAGAGGCUUCCUCCCACCCUGAACUGGGGGGCUCUCUCCCAACUCUAGGGAUGAGGUGGACUGGCCUGUGCCAUGCCCUGAAGGAAGGCUUCCUGCUUCCAGCAGCAGGCGCAGAGCCGCUCCUUCCAGAAGAGCCGCCGUGGGGAAAGUUCGUGCUUGUGGAUGAGGCUCCUUGAAUAGUUCCAGCAGUUGAACUGGGCAGCGUCCUCCACAUGGAGCUGAGUCUUACUUGAGCAGUGGUUACUGAAGAUCUCAAUUUGAAACAAACAGAAAAGAUGAAAAAUAAUUUGUGGCAAAAGUAAGGAAUUGGAAGACAAAACACAAACCCGGCCACCCAGGCUCUAUUCCUGCAAGCCUACUCCUAAGGCGAGGAGAGGACCACACAGUAAGCAGCCCCCCAGGGGCCUCCCUUCUCCAACCUUCCCAGGAAAGAGGACUGGGAGGAGAUGGGAGCUCCCAAGCCUCUGCUCUACACCUCCCUCCCACCACACCCCUGCAGGGUCGCAGCCAUUUUUCUCCCUCUUCUGGUUCCAGAAGGCCUGCCGUCCUCAGCCUGGACAUCCACCUGUGCCAGCUGAGCCCCGUGGUUAAGAGCACAGGCUCGGCCAGAUGCAGUGACUCACGCCUGUAAUCCCAGCACUUUGGGAGGCUGAGGGGGGAGGAUCAACUGAGGUUGGGAGUUCGAGACCAGCCUGACCAACAUGGAGAAACCCCAUCUCUACUAAAAAAAUAUAAAAUUAGCCAGGUGUGGUGGUGCAUGCCUGUAAUUCCAGCUACUUGGGAGGCUGAGGCAGGAGAAUCACUUGAACCUGGGAAGCGGAGGUUGUGGUGAGCCAAGAUCACACCACUGCACUCCAGCCUGGGUAACGAGUGAAACUCCAUCUCAAAAGAAAAAGAGCACAGACUCAAUGCUCUCGCUUCCUCCGCUGUGAACUGGGCUCUCAGGGUUGAGCCUCGAUUUCUUCAUCUGCAAAAUGGGGGUAGUUUUAAUUCCUACUUGGGGAGCCUGCUUUCAUAACUGACUGGGAAAUGCCAGGAGCACUUAGCCCAGUGGCUGCUUGGAGUGCAGGUGUCAGCUCAGCCCUUCUGGUCUGAAAGCAACAGUUCGAGCUGGGGAAGAACCUAAAGUGGGGUCCUGGGAAGGGGUGGCAGAAAAAGGGGAGCAGAGAGCAGUUUACAUCUCCAGGGUCAGAGGGGAGGGCAGUUAGCAUUCCCAUGAAUGAAGGGGAGGGCUGAGGUACCACUCAGGCCUGGGGAUGCAAAUUGCAAAAUCAAGUUAGAUUUCAAAAUGCCCCUGAGAAGGGCGAGGUUCAUGCCUGUAAUCCCAACACUUUGAGAAGCCAAGGUGGGAGGAUCAUCUGAGGCUAGGGGUUCAAGACCAGCCUGACCAAUAUGGCAAAACCCCAUCUCUAUGAAAAAUUAAAAAAUUAGGCUGGGCGCAGUGGCGCACGGCUGUAAUCCCAGCACUUUGGGAAGCCAAGGCAGGUGAAUCAUGAGGUCAGGAGUUCAAAACCAGCUUGGCCAAGAUGGUGAAACCCUGUCUCUACUAAAAACACAAAAAAUUAACCAGGCGUGGUGGCAGGUGCCUGUAAUCCCAGCUACUCAAGAGGCUGAGGCAGAGAAUUGCUUGAACCUGGGAGGUAGAGGUUGCAGUGAGCCAAAAUUGCACCGCUGCACUCCAGCCUGGGUGAAAAAGCAAGACUCUGUCUCAAAAAAAAAGGAAAAGAAAAGAAAAAAAUUAGCCUGGUGUGAUGGUGUGUGCCUGUAAUCCCAGCUACUCUGGAGGCUGAGGAAGGAGAAUUGCUUGAGCCCGGGAGGCAAAGGUUGCAGUGAGCUAAGAUGGCACCACUGCACUGCAGCCUAGGUGACAGAGUGGGAAAAAAAAAGUAUGAAAAAGAUGAAUUGCAGGCCAGGCAUGGUGGCUCACACGUGUAAUCCCAGCACUUUGGGAGGCUGAGGUGGGCAGAUCAUGAGGUCAGGAGUUCGAGACCAGCCUGAACAACAUGGUGAAAUCCCAUCUCUACUAAAAAAUACAAAAAUUAGCUGGGUGUGGUGGCACAUGCCUGUAAUCUCAGCUACAUGGGAGGCCGAGGCAGGAGAAUCACUUGAAUUCAGGAAGCAGAGGUUGCAGUGAGCCGAGAUGGUGCCGCUGCACUCCAGCCUGAGUGACAGAGCAAGACUCUGUCUUGAUUAAAAAAAAAAAUGAAUUGCUAACAGUGUUGGAGCAAGUGGACAGUCAUCUUGGAAAAUAAUGAAGUGGAACCUUUCCCUACCUUGGAAAAAGCACUACUGUAUGUAAAGUGUUCUGGGAGAGAUAGGGCUCACAGGACUAAGCCAGGCCAAGAGGCCAGGGCCAGGUGAGUGGGGUUCUGAAGGGAAGGGCAGUGGAGGGCCAGACCUAAGGGUGGCUGGGGAAUGACGCAAAGGAGGGGGAAGAUGAGCCCCAAGAAGAGAAGCUGGGGGUCGGGUGAGAAGAGGGACUUUUGAGGAGGAGACGUGGUCUUUGGUGAGAAGCUGCCUUUGGCAGAGAGAAAUGGAGCCAAGAAAUUCUGAGCAAGUUUGAGUGGUUUGAGGAACAGGAGAGACAGCAACUGGGGAGCUGUAAACCCAGCAAGGGCCUGGGUGUGGGGCAGGACAGGACAGUGGGGCAGCGGGAGGAUGAAGCAAGGGUCCAGGCCAGACUAUCCUCCUCUCCAGCAGCCCCUCCCCUUGGGACUCGGAGGGGAGCUGACAUGCAAACCCUGAACACAGCUGUAACCACCAGGGCUGGGCUGAAGCAGAACUCUGGCUCCUGGUACCAUGGCUGGCUGGCAGAGGUGGGGACCCCCAGAAUCCGUGGAUCACAGGGACCCAUUUCUGGACAACCUCAAGUGCCCAGCCUGUUGGACAGUGAGAUGCUCCUCAGAUGGUGGCAGAGUGCACUCUACCCUGUCAGCUUCAGGGGAUGGAGACUGCUGCUGUAACGGUGUUCUGAGCAAUGGGACAGAGGCACUCAGACAGUCCUUUGAGUCAGCCAUGCCACAAAUGCUAAAGAGGUCCAGGUGCCAGGGACUCAGCCCCCAGCUCGAGAACCCCUGGGCUGUGAGGGCACCAGCUGCCAGGGCUGUGAAAGCCAUCUGUUUACAUAGCCUGUUGCCCACCUGUCCCUCAUAUCUAGAAUUGUGGGGAGGAGGCUUUGAGGUGCUGCAAUGCAGCCAGCCUAGUGGCACCCGCACUGUGUGGAGGCCACGUUCCCCGACUCCUUUGUUUCAUUGUUUUUUUAUUUUGUUUUGUUUUUUGAGACAAAGUCUCCCUCUGUUGCCCAGGCUGGAGUGCAGUGGCACGAUCUCAGCUCACUGCAACCUCCUCCUCCCAGGUUCAAGAGAUUCUCCUGCCUCAGCCUCCCGAGUAGCUGAGAAUACAGGCACACACCACCAUACCCGGCUAAUUUUUCUAUUUUUAGUAGAGACGGGGUUUCACCAUGUUGGGCAGGCUGGUCUUGAAAUCCUGACCUCAGGUGAUCUGCCUGCCCCGGCCUCCCAAAGUGCUGGGAUUACAGGCAUGAGCCACCGAAACUGGCCCCGACUCCAUUGUUUUGUUGUUGUUGUUGUUGUUUUUUUAUUGCAUUUUAGGUUUUGGGGUACAUGUGUAGAACAUGCAAGACAGUUGCAUAGGUACACACAUGGCAGUGUGUUUUGCUUCCUUUCUCCCCUUCACCCACAUUUGGCAUUUCUCCCCAGGCUAACCCUCCCCAGCUCCCCCACCACCGCCGCUGGCCCUCCCCUUUUCCCCCCAAUAGAUCCCAGUGCUUAGUACUCCCCUCCCUGUGUCCAUGUGUUCUCAUUUUUCAUCACCCGCUUAUGAGUGAGAAUAUGUGGUAUUUCAUUUUCUGUUCUUGUGUCAGUUUGCUGAGAAUGACGUUCUCCAGA